CCUGCGCCCAGAGAGCCUACGCUGGAAGAAGCAUAACGAGCGGAUGAACAGAGGUCUCACGAUGAUAAAACCAAGUCUCGCGAUUCUUUGUUUUUCUUUCGCCUAGCGACUGACAACUGGAGAGCUGCUCCAAGUCGGAUCCUUGAAGUGUCCUGGCCUGAGACUGGAGAGGGACCCCAGUCCUAGGCUGGGGUUCUUUCCAUUUAGCGGAGACGGAUUCAGAGGGGCUCCAGACCAAGAUUGUUGAGAACCAGACAUAUGAUGAGCGUCUAGAGAUUAACGACUCUGAAGAGAUUCCAAGUAUUUGUACUCCAACCCCAGGACACCGAGGACUUCCACAUUCUUCCCGUCUUCCUAUCAAGACUAUGGCUGAUAACUGCAGUGAUGAGUUCGAAAAGGAAAAUAACAAGGAAAAGAAGACCUCACAGUUGACACCUCAGCGGGGCUUUCAUGAAAACGAUGAUGAUGAUGAUGAUGAUGACGACGAUGACUCCUCUGAAACUGAUUCUGAGGAAGAUGAUGAUGACGAAGAGCAUGGAGCCCCUCUGGAAGGGGCCUAUGAUCCUGCAGAUUAUGAGCAUUUGCCAGUGUCUGCUGAGAUUAAAGAACUCUUCCAAUACAUCAGCAGGUACACACCCCAGUUGAUUGACCUGGACCACAAGCUGAAACCAUUCAUUCCAGAUUUUAUCCCAGCUGUUGGGGAUAUUGAUGCAUUCUUAAAGGUCCCACGUCCUGAUGGAAAGCCUGACAACCUUGGCUUGUUGGUACUGGAUGAACCAUCUACCAAGCAGUCAGACCCAACAGUGCUCUCUCUCUGGUUGACAGAGAAUUCCAAGCAGCACAACAUCACACAACACAUGAAAGUAAAGAGCCUGGAAGAUGCAGAAAAGAAUCCCAAAGCCAUUGACACAUGGAUUGAGAGCAUCUCUGAGCUGCACCGCUCUAAGCCCCCUGCAACCGUGCACUACACCAGGCCCAUGCCUGACAUUGACACACUGAUGCAGGAAUGGUCCCCAGAGUUUGAAGCGCUUUUGGGCAAGGUGAGCCUGCCAACUGCGGAGAUGGACUGCAGCCUGGCUGAGUACAUUGAUAUGAUCUGUGCCAUCCUGGACAUUCCUGUCUAUAGGAGUCGGAUUCAGUCCCUCCACCUGCUGUUUUCCCUCUACUCAGAAUUCAAGAACUCACAGCAUUUUAAAGCUCUGGCUGAAGGCAAGAAAGUAUUCACCCCUCCGUCCAGCUCCACCUUCCAAGUUGGAGAGGCAGAGGCUCUAACCCUCAGCUGAGACACACCAGGAGCCUGUGUGGAGUCUGAGAUGACAGAUCCUUGUCAGCCACUCGGCACCUGCCUGUUCUGCAGCUAGGCUGGGCUGGCACUGUCCUGAACCCUCCCUCCAGAAAACACUUCACAUUUGUUGACCAGCUCUGCCUGAUUCAGAUUACUUUUAAUAGGAGAGUUACACAUCUACACCACUAUGGGGAUUUGAGAAUUGAAUUUUUUUGGGGGGGGUGGUACUGGGGAUCAAACUCAGGACCUUCAGAUUUCCAGGUAGGCGCUAUACCGCUGAGCUAAAUCCCUAGCCCGAGAAUUGAAUCUUUGAGAUCCCACAGAGCACAGAUUGGGAGGUAAAGCUUAAAAGAUAUUCUUUUAGGGACAGGGAUGAAAUUAUUUUCUUUCAUUCUUUUGUUUGCUUUUUGUUUUAUUUUUCUUUGUUGUUUUUGUUUGUUCAGACCGGGUCUAUGUAGUUUGGACUGGCCUUGAACUCCUGGCAAUCUCCUUGCUUCAGCCUCUUGGGUGCUGGCAUUAGAAGCCUGUGCCACCAGCCCAGCUUUUCUUUCAUUCUUAAAGUUAUUUGGCAGUGAAUUUACAAAUAAAAUGCUAUGUCAGUUUGUGAUACAAUA